CUUCUCUCUAGUCUUUAUAAUUAUGACAAAUAUGAUAUAAAAGACAGAUUCCAAUACGUCAAAAUCAUAUUCAUCUUGUAUCUUUUGGUCAAUAAAUUCAAAAUUUUAAUUCAUCCUUCAUAUAAAAUAAGUUGUCUAGUUUCCAUCAAACAUGGCAGAAAAACUAAGUACAGUAAGGACAUUAGUAAAAAAAGCAAAAGAUUUAUAUCGCAAGAAGUUUUCAGAGGAAGCCAAAGUUUUUUCAUAUGCACCUGGUAGAGUCAAUUUAAUAGGAGAGCACACAGAUUACAAUGAAGGUUUCGUUAUGCCAAUGGCAUUACCCUUAUAUACGGUUUGGGCAGGUAGAAAAUACGAUGGAAUGUAUGCAGAAAUAUACACCAAUUUACCAGAAAUACAAGAGAAAUACUUAAAAUUUAACAUUCGGUUUAUUGACAGAUCAGGACCAAAAUGGGGUCAUUAUAUAAAAGGUGUUAUGAAAAACUACUAUGGAAGAUUACAUGCAUUUAAAGCUGUCAUUGUAAGCAGUGUUCCAAUGGGAGGAGGAUUAUCCAGCAGUGCAGCUCUGGAAGUAUCUGCUUACAUGUUCUUUGAUGAACUUAAUGAUGGACAUUCUGAAUUAACUACAUUAGAAAAAGCCUUGGCAUGCCAAAAAGCGGAGCACUUUGCUGGAAUGAAAUGCGGGAUUAUGGAUCAGUAUAUUUCAUUCAUGGGAGAAGCCGGAUGCGCUUUAAUGAUUGACUGUCGUUCACUGACGGCGAAGCCUAUUCCUAUUGACGAUCCAGAUUAUGUAGUGCUGAUUACGAAUUCUAACGUUAAACAUGAAUUACAAGGCAGUGAAUACGAAGACAGGCGAAACGAAUGUCACAGAGCAGCCGAAAUAUUGGGUAAAAAAAGCUUAAGAGAAGCGGAUCUACUAGAUUUUAAAAAUCUAAUGAACAAAAGAUUUACAUUAAAGGCAAGUACAAGUCUACUAAAAAGAGCGCGACACGUUAUAACAGAAAUAAAGAGAACGGAAGACGCUGCCCGACUGUUGCAAAGAUCAAAGUACAUACCUUUCGGCAGAUUAAUGCUCGAGAGCCACAAGUCUUUGAAAGAAGAUUUUGAAGUUUCUUGUCCGGAACUAGAUCGAUUGGUGGAGUUAGCGAUGCAAAUCGAAGGAGUCUUGGGAAGUAGGAUGACAGGUGGAGGAUUUGGAGGAUGUACAGUAACAUUGUUACGUGCUGAUGUAGUAGAUAAAGUAAUCAAACACAUUUUGGCUAAUUAUGAGGGUGAUCCGAUAUUUUACGUUUGCAAACCAAGUAAUGGAAGCAAGAGAUGCUGCUACUGUGCAAGAUUUGCUUAAAGAAGUUAUAUAGUUAGUUUGAUGAUACUUGCAAAUUAAUUUAUAGAAAAAUAAUGAAUGUCUUUACAAAUUACUUUGAACUGUAACAACUAAAUU